AAUUGAGAGAGAACGCUUCUGAAACUCCAACCUCUGAACUCUUUGUUUUCUCCGCCUCAACUUACUGCGCUUCCCAGUUCCAUUAUAUAAACGCUGUCGUUUCGAUCCUGGCCGCUCCAUUGCUUCCUUGGAUCUCGGAACAUAGCCGAUUUUUCAACUCAUUAUUUAAAAGUUAUUCUAAUGCUCAUCUUCUGAAUUUCAAUUUGUUUUGGCAAAUUGUUCUUCAAGAGUUUCAGGCUCUGAGAUGAAAAUCUGAAGCUAUUCUCGUUUCCAGAAAUUUGGAUUUUGAGCUGAGAUUCUGAAGGAUUUAAUUUGGAAGAUUUUGUUGGGGCUGUUUAGUCCUUGAAAGAUGAGUGCUUAUUUUGUUGGCCUCCUUGUUCCUCUGGUAUUUACUCUCCUCUUUCGGAAUGCUAAGAGCGGAAAGAAACGGGGCUUGCCUGUUGAUGUUGGAGGGGAACCUGGUUAUGCAAUUCGAAACCGUAGGUUUACUUCCCCAGUAAAAUCAGCCUGGGAAGGUAUUUCAACACUUGCAGAACUUUUUGAGCAGUUAUGCAAGCAGCACCGAGACAAACACUUACUUGGUACUCGGAAGUUGAUUUCAAGGGAGACAGAAGUAACUGCAGAUGGAAGGUCCUUUGAGAAAGUUCAUCUGGGAGACUAUGAGUGGCUAACCUAUGGCAAAACGUUUGAAGUGGUCUGCAGUUUUGCUUCUGGUUUGGCACAACUUGGUCAUAAAAGAGAAGAGCGUGCAGCAAUCUUUGCUGAUACACGGGAAGAAUGGUUUAUUGCAUUGCAGGCUUGCUUUAGGCGCAACAUCACUGUUGUGACCAUAUAUGCAUCUUUGGGGGAGGAGGCUCUAUGCCACUCAUUGAACGAGACAGAGGUCACAACUGUAAUUUGUGGGCACAAAGAACUGAAAAAAAUUAUUGAUAUAAGUGGACAACUUGACACUCUGAAACGUGUAAUAUGUAUGGAUGAUUCAACCCUGUGUAACACCUCAUUGGCUGAGAGUGGUGGUAGCUGGACAAUCACUUCAUUUUCUGAUGUGGAGAAACUUGGCAGAGAGAAUCCUGUUGAUGCGGAUUUACCUCUUUCAGCUGAUAUUGCAGUCAUAAUGUAUACAAGUGGGAGUACUGGAUUGCCUAAGGGUGUGAUGAUGACUCAUGGAAAUGUCCUAGCCACAGUUUCUGCUGUCAUGACAAUUGUUCCUGGCCUUGGAAAGGUGCAGGAUGUUUAUUUAGCAUAUCUACCCAUGGCUCAUAUCCUUGAAUUGGCUGCUGAGAACGUAGUAGCUGCUAUUGGAGGUGCAAUAGGGUAUGGAUCCGCUUUGACCCUUACUGAUACAUCAAGCAGGAUAAAAAGAGGAACAAAGGGGGAUGCCUCUGCUCUGGUACCAACAGUGAUGACGGCUGUCCCAGCCAUUCUUGAUCGUGUUCGAGAUGGUGUGCGCAAGAAGGUAGAUGCAAAGGGUGGUCUAGCCAAGAAAUUGUUUGAUUUAGCAUAUGCACGUAGGUUGUCAGCAAUCAAUGGCAGUUGGUUUGGGGCUUGGGGUCUAGAAAGCCUUCUAUGGAACUUCCUUGUGUUCAGAAAGGUCCGAGCUAUUCUGGGUGGUCGAAUCCGCUUUUUGCUAUGUGGAGGGGCUCCUCUUUCUGGUGAUACUCAAAGAUUCAUCAAUAUUUGUCUUGGUGCUCCAAUAGUUCAAGGGUAUGGCCUGACAGAGAGUUGUGCUGGUGGUACAUUUUCCGAGUAUGAUGAUACAUCUGUUGGUCGUGUUGGUGCUCCACUUGCUUGCUCAUUUAUUAAGUUGAUAAAUUGGCCUGAGGGUGGGUAUUUAACAAGUGAUAAACCAAUGCCUCGAGGAGAAAUAGUCAUUGGUGGUCCAAAUGUUACUGUUGGAUAUUUCAAAAAUGAAGAGAAAACAAAUGAAGUUUACAAGGUUGAUGAGAGAGGAAUGAGGUGGUUUUACACCGGGGACAUAGGGCAGUUUCAUGCUGAUGGUUGCCUUGAAAUAAUUGACCGUAGAAAGGACAUAGUUAAACUUCAGCAUGGAGAAUAUUUAUCUCUAGGAAAGGUUGAGGCUGCUCUCAUCGUGAGCCCCUAUGUCGACAAUAUUAUGUUGCAUGCUAAUCCUUUUCGUAAUUACUGUGUGGCUCUUGUGGUGGCUUCACAGCCGGCAGUGGAAGAUUGGGCUUUGAAGCAAGGAAUAGCUUUCAUUGAUUUUUCAGACUUAUGCCAGAAAGAAGAAACUGUGAAGGAAGUACAUGCAUCACUUGUGAAGGCAGCAAAGCAGGCACGUCUGGAGAAGUUUGAGAUCCCUGCCAAGAUCAAAUUGCUUCCUGAUGCAUGGACUCCUGAAACUGGGCUGGUCACUGCAGCUCUCAAGAUCAAGAGAGAUGUCAUUAGGAAGAGAUUCUCUGAAGACCUCGCAAGGUUAUAUACAUGAUGAUAAUUGAAAAGACUUGGGUCUUUUAAGAGUUUGUGCAGAAUCUUGAUGAAUGGUUCUUUAUAAGACCUCUCUUUAUAUUCACUUUCCCCCCUUUGUCUACUCCUAAAUUAAUUUUUGCCUUUAUGUUUUUGUUUUUGCCAUGAGCUAUUGUUAGGAAAUUUCAAAGAGAAGCUAGUCAGUUUUCAUGCUCAAAACUUGGAAAUGUUAGCAGUUCAUUCAGAUUUUCUGAUUAGAUGAAUGAAAUUAAUCAUUGGUUAUUUUUCAUUUA